GAGGGCCUACGCGGCUCGUGUUGGUUCUGACUGCACGUCUGACCUGACCGUUGCUUCUCAACUCGGAUGAAAAGCAAAGCGAGGAAGGAGGACGACCGCCUCGGAACUAACUGCGCGUAAAGCUGCCUGGAUAAAGUCGACUGAAAGUGAAGGAAGGAGACAAGCACAGCCUCAAAGAGGUAGGGCCAUGUCUGGCAUCAACAGUGCUAACAGCAGCUGGACCAUCGUCAGUCCUGAGGAGACUGCUGCUGAAACUGUGAGGCCUCUGGAGGAACAGACAAAGCAUCGUGAGCAAGACCCAGUUGGUGACCAGCCUACAGAAAGUUUAGAAUCUUCAUGUCUCCCGGUGAAGGACCAUCAGGUAGCAGAAGAGCAAAAAACAGACCCAAGUGAAGACUCCAGCACAGAUCGUCCACCGGCCGUGCCCCCAUCUGUCACAGAUGCCCUCAUUCCUUCCACCGACAUCCAAUCAGAGGCUGCGCUUGACAGCCCUAACCAAGAUGCCUUCUCCGAAUCCUUAAGCCACAUGACCCCUUCUGAUGAGGCCCCAGGCUCGCUGCUGAGCACAGAAACUCUGGGAGGUGUGGAUCUCACACAGCAAGAUGAGAGGCAUGACAGAACAUGGGAGGAAGACCUAAAACAGGAAGGGGAGGAGUCAGACCUGCUCUCCAAACACAUAGACACUUCGGAGAAGCCAGGGUUGAAUGAAGGGCGGGCCGAGGACACAGAGUCCGAGAGAAAGCGCCUCCUGGCCUCUUUGGAGCGAAUUGGGAGGAUAGAAGAGGAAGAGGAAGGAGAGGAAGAACUAUUCCAGCUGCCAAGGCAGAGAGAGCAUGACAACAUGUUCUCUUUAAACAAGUGCAUCCUGGGUGCUGUCAUUCUAGUCGGACUUGGGACCAUCUUAUUCUCAGGGGCCUUCAUGGACCUGGAUGAAGAGAGCAACUACAGUACAAGGGAGUUGAGAGAUUCAGAAGAAACAGGAAAACAGGAGUGGCUUCAUCCAGAGGCUCUUCCACCCCCAGUAGAUGCUGAGAACUCAGAGCUUCAGGCCAAACUAGAAAAAGGAAACCAACAAAUUUCCGUGUUGCAAGCUCAACUUCAGGCACAGGAGGAAGAGCUGAAAGCGGCAGAGAAUCAGGCAGCAGAGGGCAAAAUGGAGCAGUUGCAAUGGCAGGAGGAAAAUAGUAGGUUGAAGUCCGAGGUGGCAUCUCUUCCUGUCCUUCAGAAAGAGAACGAGAGGCUGAGGAGGGAGCUGGAGACACUGCCGACACUUCAGACUGAGCUAGAAACUUUGAGAUCUACAGUCACCAAGUUGACUGUGCCCUCAAGUGGUCACUCAGCAGAUGUAAAACAAGACGCCAAACUUGAGAAGAAGCAUAAGCAUGACACGGGAGAGAAGAAAGAGUGGAAUGAAGGCAACAAGUCUGAAUGGAAGGAAGGUGAGAGGAAGGAGCGCAAAGAUGGAAGUAGAACAGCGCAAAACGACGCUGAAAGUGGGAAACGACACCACGGAAAGUCAGACAAGGUGAAGGAAAGGCAAGGAAAAGACCGGAAGAAGGACAGCAGAGGGGACGAGGAGAAAAUGUGGAAGGAGCAAGAUGGGAAAAAGGAGUGGGCUGAGAAGACAGAAAGGAAAAAGUUGAAGAAGGAUAGCAGAGGGGACGAGGAGAAAAUGUGGAAGGACCAAGAUGGGAAAAAGGAGUGGGCCCAGAACACAGAAAGGAAAGAGUGGAAGAAGGACAAGCAUGACAAGCAACGGAGAGGAAAGUAUGAGGAGAAGAAGGAGUUGAGAAAAGAUGGUGAGGCACACAAGGUGAAGGACAUGUGGAAGAAGAAAGGGAAAGGGGAGUUUCAGGAGCAUGGGAAAGACAAAUGGGAGCCAGCAGAGAAGAACUGGAAGAGUGGCAACAACGGAGAAGGAAGAGGAGGGGUGAGGAAAUCCGUGGAGGAUGCCAAAAAACAAGCUCGAGACAAGGAUGACAGGAAGCAGUGGAGUCAUAGUGGGAAAGGGGAUAAAGACUGGAGGAAGAAUGGAGAUGGACUGAAAGGGAAAAAGGACAGUGGAGAAUUGAAAGGAGAUCAAUUCAACUUGCAUAAGCCUAAAUUCACUGGCCACCAUCACGAAGUCAACAUGUGGGCCAAGGUGAAGACACCACCCGCCCAAGAACAGUCCUCCGCGGACGCAACUGACUACUGGACCCAGCAGAGGAAGCGCCUCCACAGGAAGCCCAAGCAACCUCAGCACUGCCACUCCCAGGAGGCCUGCGCCCAGGCCGAGGGGCUUCACCCGGUUUCCUUUCCUCAGUUCGAGUCCAUCCUCCAAGCUUACCUCACCAAGGCCGAGGAGGCUGGCGUCGACUCCUCCAAGAGGGAAGAGCUCCGUAAACUUGCCGCAGAGUUCUUCCAGGACGGCAUGUUCAUGCACGACCGAGUCAACUUCCGCAAGUUUGUCAAGGAUGUGUCUGAUAUUCUGGAAGACUUGGUGGAAGGGGACGGCGAGGAAGACAGCGAGCUUGAGGAUGAGAUGGAGAUGUUCAAGAGGGAAGCGCUGCAGAGGUUUUUAGCGACGGGAAGCGGUGGCGAGCAACACAAAGGAGAGUGGAAGAAAGAGAGCCCACGAGCCAGCGCUUGAAGGAGGAGGGGCCGGAAUCCACUGUAAAAAGGGAACACUGGAUGGCAGUAAACUUAUUUUGUCCAACGUCACUUUGGUUUUACAUCUACAGCGCGCACAAUAUCCCACUAUUUAUACAGUCAUUCAUUUGAUCCACUGCGACACAGAUCACAUUUUGUAGAACACCUUCCAUUUUGUUCGGUAAUAGGAAAAACUCAAACUAUUAAUUUAUUUCACUUUGACGCUAAAAUUUAGAUCUUCUUAUAGUUGCUGACAUUAGUUAUCGGAAGGUGUCUUGUAGGGUAUUCAAUGUUUAAUUUACCGACUUCCUCAUCCAUUAGCGCAGUCAUUUCCAGGUUUUGAGCAAGACACGUAUUGUACAGUAAAGGAAGAAAAAAAAUCCCAUGGCUCAACAUCUCCAAAAAUGUCACAAACAGUAGAUGCAGUAAUUUGAAAUAAUGACUUUGUCUCAAUUUACUCACAAUUGGAAUUGGUUUGAAAUCUUGGAUUAAGUUGAACACAAAACCUGUUUGCCGUGAUGUAAAGGGCAACAGUUUACAGGUCAAGAGUACGUUCUGUAGAAGAUAAUUUAAUUGUUUUCCCUGUCACUUUAUGUCCAUGGCACAGAUAAAUGAAUGAAUACAUUACUUAAUAAUUACAAAAUGUUCAAAUGAGGGAAUUUGGAUAAUUUCCGGGGCACUACGGUGAUUGGGAGUUAUUGCACUAGGUAGCACAAUUCCACUCCAUUUUUAUACUUUUGACCACUUCCGGAUAUGGGAAAAAUCCUCGGUGAUUAUAUAUUUUAUUUUAUAGGUGAUUGAGAGCGCUUUGAUUGGCUCAUAAUUCUUGCGAGUGGUCCGACAUCUUAUAAAGUUGAAUUUAGUCAUCCAGUGUGUCCAUAUUUUUCCUGUGGCUGCAGCCUUCACACUGCUCAGUCUUAUUAAUGGCACAAUGCCGCUUGAGUUCACUUCCCAUGGUGACAUGUCUGGAGCCAUUAUAGUGAAUGUCUUGUUAUUGUUAUUAGAUAAGAAGCCUGUUUAUCUUUCUGUUUAAAUAUUUGUACAUAAUUGCAUUAAACACUUAUGAGUAACUUAUUUUUCGAGUUUGGUGUUACAUAGGAAGGCAGAGAAAAUAUUGUUGUAAGUUUAUUUGUAGCUUUUCAGGCACGUACAACUUCUGUCCACUAAAAUGCUUCCUUUGUUUCAUUUUUAAGGUGACACUGUAUUAUUUGGUUGACUGAUGAUUUACUAAUGUGGCGUCACAUGAUGUGUGGCAGCAUUCAGAGCUUUUUUGGUUGAAAUUUUCAUACUUGACACCUUUGUUACCAUGGCAACAGGUUAAUAAAAUGUGGGCAUCCGGCA